UAAAAUCUCUAUCACAAAUUCUCUCUCUCGGCAAAUUAUCUCUCAAAACUCUUGGUCAAAAUUUUGCUAUCCCCGUAGAGUUUUUUCUAUUGAAUCUCUUCGCAAUCAAACUACCCUUGCUUUCCCAAUGAAGGUAUGUAAUUGCAUGAUAAAUUUUUGACCUAAAUUGAUUUCUCUCGGCCACUCUCCUCUCCUCUGCUCCCUACCUCCGCCGUCCCAUCGCCCCUACUCCUUCCCUCUCAUCAUCAGGUUUAGGUUCGUCAAAACCAGAAAAUGGAACAAUAUGACAUCGAAGACGACAAGUUCGGAUUCUCCAAAAAUUAUUUCUUAGCCGGUGAGAAAUCGGGCCACAAGCUCGUAGAUAUCGAUGUCGUCGAUGAACAGCUGGCAAGAAUUUUAUCAAGAUAUUGCAUUGGAGAGAGCGGGCUGGUAUCUUGGAAUUUUUGAUGGAAGACAACUGGAUGCAAUGACUGACAACCUUAGUCCUGAUCUUAAGAAUUUCAGCAAUAGUUUGCCUGUAUUUGCUUCAGAAUUUCAUGACUUUUUACCAGCAAAUUGGAGCAUCAUCAAGGUCACAUGUAUUGUCUAUUCACAUGGAUGAGCAAAUGGAUGGAAAAACAUUGCUUGGAAGUUAUGUUUGUACAGAGCAAAGAGCAACCUGGUGAGUUCAGAUGGCAGCCAGGUUCUGUUACACAGGAUAUUUGCAAUGGAUUUUGGGUUGUUGUUGAGGAUGUUGACAAAGCGUCUCCUGAUGUUCAAUCUAUCUUGUUGCCUUUACUGGAGGGCGCAAGUUCAUUUAUUACUGGCCAUGGGGAAGCAAUAAGGGUGCAUAAGGGUUUUCGACUGUUCGCCACUGUGACUAGCUCAAAAUUGGACAUAUCAUCAAUCAUAGAAGGUGGAACUAGCUGAAGAUUGAUAGGGACUUUGUGGUUAUGACUGAAGGCUCUUAUUUCAUUGGAAAGUUUGGAAACUACUGCAAGUUCUUUCAACUUGUUAGGGAUGAGAAUCUUUUAGUUUGUGCACAAGAGUCUUUCAAGUUUGUGCAUAUGAGAAUCUUUUAGUAUUUGUUUGGGAUUUUAGUACUUGCUAUGUUAGUACUUGUUACCGACUUUUAGUUCAACAAAUUAUAUUUGAGCAUUGACUUUUACUUUUAAAUUACUAUAUGCAUUCUGCUCUUUGGGAU